UCUCAUUCUGCGUCUGAUUAAGAAACCACUUACACCAAGCAUGGGAAGUACUUAGGGAACUUAAGGAAAAUGCACAGUCUUUGGGGUAGUUUGCUCUUCACCAUAUUCCACUAAAAAGGCUUUGUGGAUCACAUUUUAAAGAAAUUUAAUGAAAGGAUUUCAAGUGGCGUCAAAAGGAAAAACAUGGGGAUACUAUAUUCACAGCCCAUUUGCCAGGCAGCUUAUAAUAAUGACCUCAAUGAACUUCAGCUCCUCUUGGAAGAAGACAGAAAUAAUCUGAAUAUCCAGGACUAUUUUGGUGGAGACACGCCAUUAAUCUGUGCAUGCAAAAAAGGGCACAAUAGAAUCGUCAGUUACCUUCUGAAAAUGAAUGCUGAUGUGAACAUAAAAAAUAAGAAAGAAAGAACCUGUUUGCACUACGCAGUCAAAAAACGAUUUGGUUUCCUUGAUUAUUUGCUCAUCAUACUUUUAAUGCCUGUUAUGCUACUAGGAUAUCUUCUCAUGGUUUCUAAAAGUAAGCAGAAUGAAAACCUCAUCAAGAUGCUGCUUAGAGCUGGUGCAUAUGUUAACACUCAAGAUGAUUCAGGACGGACUGCUCUCCACUAUGCUUGUGAAAUGAAGAACCAAUCUAUCAUUCCAUUAUUAGUUGAAGCAGGUGCUGACCUUUCCCUAAAGGACAAGGCUGGAGAGACUCCACUGGACAUAGUAAGAAGAUUAAAGUUCCUCAACAUAGAACACAUAUUAAAGAAGGAUUCCUAGAUCAUUACAUCAGAUAUUGUUAGAAAAGCUCCGACCCAUGGGGCCAAUUCAUUGUGAUAAAUGUAAUUCCUUUUAUAAUUUCAAGUGACAUCAGGCAGCCAAUAAGCUUAUGCAAAAGAAUAGACUGCAUUAAAUCCUGUUGCUGGAGGUUUAAUGGGUGAUAAAAUCAAAAUGAGGUGGUCAAUUCUGUGAGCGUCAAAAUAUCAUUUUUAUUUUCAUGAUUGUUUUCUUACUAAAGUACAGCGUUUGUAUAAGAGUAUAAGUCAGUGUUUUUCAAACUUGGCAACUUUAAGAUGUGUGGACUUCAAUUCCCACAAUUCCCCAGCUAGUUGAAAUCUACACAGUGGUUGUCAAUUUGAAAACCAUUGGUAUAGUAUAAGCCAGUGAUGGCUAACCUUUUUGCCGUCAUGUGCCAAAAGCGGGGGGAGCAUGGGGUUUGCGCACGUACGUGCCCACAUCCAUAAUUCAAUGCUCCCCACAUAUGUGCAUGUAACCCCCCCUGUGCUCCCCCCACUUUUGGCACGUGAUGGCGCAGUGGGCCCGUAGGCCUGUUUUUCACCCUCCCCAGGCUCCAGAGGCUUUCUUGGAGCCUGGGGAGGGCGAAAAUGGCUUCCCCCCCCCGAGGCCCUCUGGAGGCCAGAAAUGGCCCAUUUCCCAACUUCCAGUGGGCCCAGAAGGCCCAUUUUUUGCCCUCCCCAGGCUCCAGAGGCUUUCUAGGAACCUGGGGAGGGUGAAAACUGCCUUCCUCACUCUCCCCGGAGACCCUCCGGAUGCCCGUUUCCUGACUUCCAGUGGGCCCAAAGGGCCAAACAUCAGGUGGCUGAUGCGUGCAUGCGUGCUGGAGCUGAGCUAGGGCAACGCUUGUGUGCCCACAGAUAUGGCUCCGCAUGCCAUAGGUUCGCCAUCACGAGUAUAAGCCAUAUUAUUUAUUUCAUUGGUGUUAAAUUGUGCUAUUUAUAUGUGUUGUAAUCCAAAACAGGUUUAGCAAUAAAGUUAUGUUGUAAAUUGA